GAAUUUGCUGUGUUGCAGUUGAGGGAGUUCAUUGUUGUUGGGCGUAAACUGCCGACCGAGAAGGAGCCGAAUGGGCCGAUCUAUAAAAUGCAAAUAUUUGCGAGCAAUCAUGUAAUUGCAAAAUCGCGUUUCUGGUACUUCACGAGUAUGUUGCGACGACUGAAGAAAGCAAACGGAGAGAUAUUGCAGUGCAAAGAAGUGUUUGAACGGAAACCGGGUACAAUCAAAAAUUAUGGUAUCUGGCUACGUUAUGACUCACGCACAAAUCAUCAUAAUAUGUACCGCGAAUAUCGUGAUACGACGGUUACGGGAGCUGUAACUCAGUGCUAUCGAGAUAUGGGUGCCCGACAUCGUGCCCAGGCUCAUCGAAUUCAAAUCAUCAAAGUACAGGUGAUCAAAGCAUCCAGCUGCAAGCGACCGGCAAUCAAGCAGUUCCACAACUCGAAAAUAAGCUUCCCGUUGCCACAUCGUAUCACGAAACGUAAGAAUGUGGCACUGUUCACGACGCGUCGACCCCAAACCCACUUUGCAUGA